UCACUGGAAACCCUCCCCAGAGGCUUCUCCCAGACGGUCGUCGGAGGGCGCUGUUGGAAUAAAAUCCGCCUUGUUCUCUAAGCCUUCUUGAUGGAGCGCGUGUAAAGACAGGAAGCCGGAAGUGUUCGUUGCUGGAGACAGGCUGGACGGGGAAGAUAUUUAGGGGCGUCAUGGCGGAUCCUACGGAUGAGCUUGCCAAGCUCGAGUAUCUGUCGCUCGUUUCCAAAGUUUGCACGGAGCUCGACAACCAUCUGGGCAUCAACGACAAAGAUCUAGCCGAAUUUGUGAUCAGUCUUGCAGAGAGAAAUACAAACUUUGAUACCUUCAAAACAGCUCUGGUGAAGAAUGGUGCUGAAUUCACAGACUCCCUUGUCAGCAAUCUGCUCCGUCUUAUACAGACAAUGCGGCCUCCUGCAAAAGCUUCCACUAGCAAAGAUAUUAUUAAACCAAAAACAGAAAAAGAUAAGCUGAAGGACUUGUUUCCAGCCUUGUGUCGGCCAGAUAAUCCCAUGGUCAGGACAAUGCUGGAUGAAGAUGAUGUGAAAGUGGCUGCCGAUGCUCUCCAAGAGCUAGAAGCUUUAAUGCCAUCUGCGGGCAGACAGGAAAAACACCGGAACAAUGAAGAUCAAUCCAAGAAAAAGCAUAGGAGUCGCAGUCGUAGUAGAGAUCGAAAGCGGAAACGAAAAUCACCCUCUCGCUCCCGGACACGGGAACGACAUAAGGGUAAAUCCAGAUACCGCUCCAGGAGCAGAAGUCCUAGCUGGGACCACAAAGAAAGAGAGAGAGCUGGUGAGAAAAGCAGUGAAAGAUGGAGGGAUAAGCAUGUGGACCGCCCUCCACCUGAAGAGCCUUCCAUUGGUGACAUCUACAAUGGCAAAGUUACCAGCAUCAUGCAGUUUGGAUGUUUUGUUCAGCUUGAAGGGCUCAGGAAACGCUGGGAAGGACUGGUCCACAUCUCAGAAUUACGUAGGGAAGGAAGAGUUGCUAAUGUGGCUGAUGUAGUGAGCAAGGGCCAGCGGGUCAAGGUCAAAGUACUCUCCUUCACUGGCUCAAAAACUAGCCUUAGCAUGAAAGAUGUAGAUCAAGAGACAGGAGAAGAUUUGAACCCAAAUAGACGUCGCAACCUUAUUGGAGAGUCUGAAGAGACAGCCAUGAGAAAUCCAGACAGGCCCACUCACUUAUCUUUGGUCAGUGCUCCUGAAGUAGAAGAUGACACGUUAGAACGAAAGCGUCUCACUCGUAUUUCAGAUCCAGAAAAAUGGGAAAUUAAGCAGAUGAUUGCUGCAAACGUGCUUUCCAAGGAGGAGUUUCCUGACUUUGAUGAAGAAACUGGAAUCUUGCCAAAGGUUGAUGAUGAGGAAGAUGAGGAUCUGGAAAUUGAAUUGGUAGAAGAGGAACCACCGUUUCUGCGAGGUCAUACAAAACAGAGCAUGGACAUGAGCCCCAUUAAAAUAGUGAAGAAUCCUGAUGGCUCCCUGUCUCAAGCAGCCAUGAUGCAAAGUGCACUUGCUAAAGAGAGGCGGGAACUGAAGCAAGCCCAGCGGGAAGCAGAGAUGGAUUCUAUUCCCAUGGGGCUCAACAAACACUGGGUGGAUCCCCUUCCAGAUGUGGAUGGAAGGCAAAUUGCAGCCAACAUGCGGGGCAUUGGCAUGAUGCCCAAUGACAUACCUGAAUGGAAGAAGCAUGCUUUUGGAGGCAAUAAGGCUUCUUAUGGAAAAAAGACACAACUGUCAAUAAUUGAACAGCGAGAAAGUCUUCCAAUUUUUCGUCUGAAAGAUCAACUUAUCCAGGCAGUUCAUGAUAACCAGAUUCUGAUUGUCAUUGGUGAGACUGGCUCUGGGAAAACUACACAGAUCACACAGUACCUUGCUGAAGCUGGCUACACCACCCGUGGGAAGAUCGGCUGCACUCAGCCUCGUCGGGUAGCUGCCAUGUCUGUUGCUAAGAGGGUUUCAGAAGAAUUUGGUUGUUGUCUAGGACAAGAGGUUGGUUAUACUAUUCGAUUUGAGGAUUGCACUAGUCCUGAAACCGUGAUCAAAUACAUGACAGAUGGGAUGCUGCUUCGCGAGUGCCUCAUUGAUCCAGAUCUGACACAGUAUGCAAUCAUAAUGUUGGAUGAAGCCCAUGAACGCACUAUACAUACGGAUGUACUCUUUGGUCUCCUGAAAAAGACAGUUCAGAAGAGACAAGACAUGAAAUUAAUAGUGACCUCAGCUACACUGGAUGCAGUUAAAUUCUCUCAGUAUUUCUAUGAGGCUCCUAUCUUUACCAUUCCUGGUAGGACAUACCCAGUCGAGAUUCUCUACACCAAGGAACCUGAGACGGAUUACUUGGAUGCCAGCCUGAUUACAGUCAUGCAGAUCCACUUGACAGAACCUCCAGAGGAUGUGUCCAGCAAGGUAUUGUUUGCCAUGCAGGGCUGCGUGAACCCCGCCUUCUGUGAGCUGUUCCAUGAGGGAUCUGUCUACUUUGCCACCCUCUUUCUCAUGGGCGGAGGACGCUGCGCGCCAGCCACUUCAAAAGACACAACGGUUCCAUCCCACAGCGUCGGCUUCUUCUUCCAAGCGUUUGCUGGACUCUUACUUGUGGAGAUCUACACUUGA